CUUCGUGGUUUACGACGUGCUAACCACGAUACAAAGUAGCGAGAACCAACUAAACUGUGUUUUAAAUUGUAUAAAAAGCAGGACAGGAUAAAUAGAAGCAGGUGUCCGUUUAUUGUGAUGACUUCUAUGAGUUUGUGAAGGGUGUACGCAAGGAUAAAAUACGAAACAUUUGCUUUUGCGAAUUAUUUUUGUCAAACAUGCUCGUGGUAGCUGGUUGGCUAAUGGCGUGCAAUAUGUAAACAGUUGCGGGUCAUUUUUAAAACCGACAGUAAUCUGACAGUUGAUAAGUAGCAGUCCACUGAAUGCAAUAUGGGACGAAAAAAACAGGGCAAAUUUGUGCGCUGUGACAACAAGGGCAAAGCCAAAGCGCAUAAAAUGAAAGGGAAAUCAUUAGAGGCCUUUACAGAAGAAAUGCACUCUGCAUUUGAAGCAAGCCUUCAUGUGGAGGAGGGAGCAGAAGCCCCUCAGGUGAAACUGCCUUGUCCACUUGCCAUGUGGGAGCUGGGUCACUGCGAUCCCAAACGUUGCACUGGCAGAAAGUUGGUGCGCAAGGGAUUUGUACGGAACCUGCGCCUAAAUCAGAGAUUUAACGGACUCAUACUGAGUCCAAUGGGCACAAAGUAUGUGACGCCAGCAGACAGAGAGAUUGUGGCCCAGAGUGGGUUAGCAGUGAUCGAUUGUUCCUGGGCCAAACUGGAGGAAACUCCCUUCAGUAAGAUGAUUGGAAGUCAUCCCAGGUUACUGCCGUACCUUGUAGCUGCAAACCCUGUCAACUACGGCAAGCCUUGCAAGUUAUCCUGCGUUGAGGCUUUUGCUGCCACGUUCUGUAUUGUAGGUUUUGAAGAACUGGCAUUGCUUUUGUUGAAGAAAUUCAAGUGGGGGAAAGUGUUCCUGGAUCUCAAUAAAGUUCUGCUGCAGCGCUAUGCUGCGUGCCAGUCAGAGGAAGAGCUGCUCUCUGUAGAAAAGGACUUUCUUACGGCUAAACCAGAGGAGGAAGAGUUAGAUCCAUUUGAUGUUGACUCGGGAGUAGAAUUUAUGAAUCUCAACAGACGUCAGUGUGCACCGGAAGAUGAUGAUUCUAGCGAGGACACUGACACAUCAGAGGACGAUGAAGAAGAAGCAGAAGAUGAAAAAGUGCAAAACAACGAUGAGUCAACAACAGUCUCACAUGAUGAACAUGAAGAGGAAGAGGAAGAGGAAGAGACAGAAUCAAAGUCAACACAAUAAAGCAUAUUUAAACUAUGGAUCCUUUUAAUACAA